AUGCUGGUUGAAAAUUCAACAGCUGAAUCGUCCAGUUCAGCCAAUUUGUCUACUUCUGUUGGCUCAAAUGUCUUUGUUGCUCUUCAAAGUAGCUCGUCAAUCAAUGUGUCUGAGUUUGAGCUUGCACUUAAGGCUUUGCCAAUGAAAGUACAUGCCAGCACUGCCGCAAUUUACAGAAUGCCCUUAGAACAUUGGAAGUAUCCAUACACUGUUGGGCCCACUGAAUUUGUUAUUGCCUCCUUCAAAGAAUUUGUUUUCAAGCAAACAUAUAUAAAAAGUGUUUCAGUAGAGACUGAUGUUAGAACACAAAUUGGCUUAAGAACAGAAGAUAACAAAGAAAGACAAUUGACUUUGCUCCAAAGUCGAGAAGUUGGAUGGCCAUCUUCCAAGAAGACUAAAGAAGCGAUUGAAUUGCUCAAGUAUAAACACGACCUUGUUUACGACAAAGUACAAACAAACAUAGAUAGAGCAGCCCAUUAUGUGAUUCGGGACUCUUAUAAGUCUGGCAAACUUAUAAGAGUCCUGAAGAGCCUUUGGACUUCUGACAGCAAAUCAGGCUUGUGCGAGAUGUUUUCUAUCUCUUCCUGCCACCAUAUACUACUUAGGGAUCAGGAUUUGAGAAAUUUAAACUUUGCGUAUUGCUUUUGCACAAUCAUUCCAAAGAAACAGCACAAAGAAAUGCAACAGGCUCUUGCUUUAGUUUUUAGUCUAGACAAGGGCAAGACUCUGAAGGAAGGAAAAGUCAAAUUUGCAUGUGCCAUUUGCCAUGAAAACGUAUUCAGAUGUCCUUUUGGUGCAUUUGCCUUUUUUAUGUUCAGUUUGCUUCAAAAAACUGCAAAAAAGGCACUUGCAGAUGAAGAGAUAUACACCACACAAGUAAUACAUGGUGGCCGUCAUGCUGGGUCAAUGGAAGCUGAGGGCUUAAGGAUAUCUUUUGAUCUGAUCAAGCAAGAAGGAGGAUGGAAGGAUCGACUUGGUCGUUUGGAGACCCAUUACUUGGGUAAACUCCCAUCUCCUUUUGCCAGAGGUAUGGCUGGCUUUUGGGAAAAGCCUUUCUCACUAGCAAGAAAUGGCGUGUCACUGCCAAUGGAAUUACAAAAGAUGAAGGAGAUGAAUGAAGUUGAUAAGAACGAGGAUGAGGAUGAAAACAUCAUAAAUUUGGAGAUAGAUGAAAAAGCAGAUUCCGUAGAAUUCGUGGAGGAAGAUGGAAGAUUGCAAAGAAUAAUCUUACAAGAUGCAGCCAUUUACUUGUACUUGAACAAAGAAAACAAGCACAUUCACACAAGAAACCUUCCGUUCUCAAGUAACAGCUUCAGAAUGUUUCAAGAGGAUAUUAUAGCUGCCAUUACCAGCCCUUCCAUUGGUAGACUAGAAGAGUAUAAAAGCCUUGUUCCUAACAUUGUCAAUAUGAACAAAGAGGUAGCCAACAGAGUGACAGAAGUAAAUCAUCGGAUCAUAUAA